AUGGGUGGUUCCUCAGAACUAAUCUUCAGAGGCCACGAAUCGCAACCAAUCAACGACGACUACUCCCCAAAACCAAACAAGCGAUGGCUCUCAUUCACGCUAAACCCCAUCAACUACCUCCUCCGCGAGCAGCGCCUCCUCUUCACCCUCCUCGGAGUCUUCAUCGCCACCGCCUUCUUCACUCUCCUCCCUUCCCACAACACCAACCUUAACCAAUACGACACCGUUCCGAUCCCAUACUUCACGCAACACGACUCAGUCUUCCCAACGAACCACCAGAGCAACCGCCACGUGGCAGCAGUUCAUUCCUUCGGGAAAGUGCCGCUUGGAAUAAAGAGGAAAGGCCUGAGAAUUGUUGUCACCGGAGGAGCUGGGUUCGUUGGGUCCCACUUAGUGGAUCGGUUGAUAGCGAGAGGGGACAGUGUUAUCGUUGUUGAUAAUUUCUUCACGGGAAGGAAGGAGAACGUGAUGCACCAUUUUGGGAACCCUAGAUUUGAGCUUAUACGACACGACGUCGUUGAACCCUUGUUGCUUGAAGUUGACCAGAUCUACCAUCUUGCCUGCCCUGCUUCCCCUGUUCACUACAAGUUCAACCCCGUCAAGACUAUCAUAUCGAAUGUGGUGGGAACGUUGAACAUGUUAGGGCUUGCAAAGAGAGUUGGAGCCAGAUUCUUGCUUACAAGCACCAGUGAGGUUUAUGGAGAUCCUCUUCAGCACCCUCAGAAGGAGACUUACUGGGGCAACGUUAAUCCCAUUGGUGUGCGAAGCUGCUACGACGAGGGAAAGCGUACGGCGGAGACGUUGACUAUGGACUACCACAGAGGAGCCGGUGUGGAGGUUAGAAUUGCUAGGAUCUUUAACACCUACGGUCCUCGAAUGUGCUUAGAUGAUGGACGUGUAGUUAGUAACUUCGUUGCUCAGGCACUAAGGAAGGAGCCAAUGACUGUUUAUGGAGAUGGCAAGCAAACAAGGAGCUUCCAAUAUGUAUCUGAUUUGGUGGAGGGUCUAAUGCGUCUUAUGGAAGGAGAACAUGUGGGACCUUUCAACCUUGGGAACCCUGGUGAAUUCACCAUGCUUGAACUUGCCAAGGUGGUCCAAGAAACAAUAGACCCAGAUGCAAGCAUAGAAUACAGGCCCAACACAGAGGAUGAUCCCCACAAGAGAAAGCCUGACAUUUCCAGAGCUAAGGAGCUUCUUGGCUGGGAGCCCAAGGUCGACCUCCGGAAGGGACUCCCUCUCAUGGUUUCCGACUUCCGGCAGCGCAUUUUCGGCGACCACAAGGAAGGUUCAACUGUGGCCUAAUUUUAUUACUGCUUUGGGUUGGUUUGGAACCAUCUCAUAUGUUACCCCAUGGUUUUUGAAAAGGGAAAAGGAAAAAAAAAAAAGAUAUAGUAAUUAAAGGAUUAAAGACACUUAGUGUGUUUUUUUCCGCCAUAUCCCUUCUUCAAUGUCCAUUAGUCAUAGCAGCAAAGUGAGCUCAACUUGAGUGUCCUCUCUUGUCAAUUUAUUAUAAUGUCAAUCUUUUAUAGUUUAUAUGUUUGGGGGGUUACCCCUCUCUUUCCAGAUUAGUAGCCAGAUAUGAUUACAUUUCUUAAGUUUCAGCUGUCUUAUAUUCUUUUACUACAUAAAUUUUUAAGCUUUUUUUUAUGGGAUGUAAUUGCUAUGUGCACGAGGUUUUGAAUCUACAAUAAGUUGACCUAAA